AUGGCGGCGGUUGUUGGUUUAACGAUGAUGGCGGCGGUGUUGGUUGAUGACGUGGGUGGCGGAAAAGUGGUCGGCGGUGGUGGAAAUGGCGGUAUGAUUUGCGGGGACUCAUUCGGGAAAGGGGAGUCACCGAUCGGUGACCACACUGUGGUGAUGAAGACCAUCGCCGCUGAACUGGAAGACACAGGCACUUCUAGAAAAAGGAAAUUUGUCCGUCGAGAUCGAGUGAAAUGUCACGAAAACCUUCUGAGAGAUUAUUUUGUCGAGGAGCCCGUAUUCAACGAAGAGGUUUUUCGUCGAAGGUUUCGUAUGUCCAAAAGGUUGUUUUUAAAAAUUUUGAGUGACGUGCAAGCGAAUAACUCGUGGUUUCAAGACACCGUGGAUGCGAGUAAUAGGAAGAGUUUUACACCGAUGCAAAAAGUUACUUCGGCGAUUAAGCAACUAGCAACCGGUAACGCUCCAGACGAGUUCGACGAGUAUUUAAAUAUAUCCGAAAGGACUUCCCGAGAAAGUCUAGAAAAUUUUUCUGAAACGGUAUGUAAUUUAUACGCUUCCGAGUUUUUACGUAGACCUACUAGCCACGACGUUGCGCUCUUGUACCAAGCUCAUGAGGAGAAACAUCACCUUCCUGGGAUGUUGGGUAGUCUUGAUUGUACACAUUUUGUUUGGAGAAUGUGUCCAACAGAGUUGCGGGGUCAAUAUAUGAGGGGGGAUCACAGUCACCCGACAGUUAUGCUUGAAGCGGUGGCCUCUCAGGAUUUGUGGAUUUGUCAUGCUUUUUGUGGUCCACCAGGUUCACAAAACGACAUCAACGUGCUCCAACAAUCUCUGUUAUUUCUUACUGAACGAAAUGGAACUGCACCAAAAUGCCCAUUUUACGUGAACAACCACUUGUACAAGCGUGGAUACUAUCUUACCGAUGGAAUCUACCCUACUUGGUCCGUGUUUGUGAAAUCAUUUCCGUAUCCUCACAUUGUGAAAGAAAAGAAGUUCAAGAGGCAACACGAGGCGGUAAGAAAAGACGUGAAGCAGGCUUUUGGUGUUUUAAAGGCAAAAUGGCAUAUACUUCAUCGCCCGAUGCGUGCUACGAGUGUUAAAAAUUAG